CCUGAACUUCCGCAUUAAGCAGGAAGAAGUCAAGAGUCAAGACCCAGAUGCAAUCCACAUCAACACACCCAACGCCGCCUGUAUGUGACUGUUUUGUUGGUGUUCAGCUUUAUUAGAGAGUAGUAAUUUGAGGUGGAACUGACGCCCAUGAAGCUGUUAUCUUGAAACUAACUGGUGAAACUUGGAUUAAUACAUUUGGAAAGAUGGAUGACAUUGACGCCAUGUUCAGUGACCUGCUGGGGGAGAUGGACCUCCUCACUCAGAGUCUCGGUCAGGAAACUGUACCUCCUGCGUCCCUCAGCAGCACCAACAAGGAAACCAACUACUCCAUGAGCUACACUGACCUGAAUGACUCCCUCCAUGAAUUGGAAGACACCGAUUUGGAUGCGCUCAUGGCGGAUUUGGUUGCGGACCUGAAUGCUACGGAACAGAAACUUGCAGCAGAGAUGCAAGGUCUGAAAGUGCCAUCACCGCCCCCGCCUGACCUGCCACCCCCGCCUCAGGGCCUGAGCCCCCGUCCCACCUCCUCACCCGUUUCCCCAGCAUCACCAGCGAUCAGCACCAGCAGCAAUGUUAGCACCCCCACCUCCUCCACCACCUCCCCUUUACCACCUCCUCAGACUGCAAAGCCUACAAGGGAGGAAAUCGAGGCGCAGAUGAAAGCAGACAAAAUCAAGCUGGCUCUUGAGAAGCUCAAGGAAGCUAAAGUAAAAAAGUUGGUGGUGAAGGUGCUGAUGAAUGACGGCAGCGCGAAGACUCUGAUGGUGGAUGAGAGGCAGAGCGUGAGGGAAGUUCUGGACAACCUGUUUGAGAAAACUCAUUGUGACUGUAACGUGGACUGGAGCCUGUGUGAAACCAACCCUGAACUGCAACUUGAACGUACGUUUGAAGACCAUGAGAACCUUGUGGAGCCACUCUUAGCAUGGACAAGAGACAGCGAGAACAAACUACUCUUUCAGGAGCGAGGGGAAAAAUAUGAGGUUUUCAAAAACCCACAGAACUUUUAUCUAUGGAAGAAGGAUAAGAAAUCUCUCAAAGACAUGAAAGACCAAGACAAGGAGUUACUAAUCCAGGAGAACUUCUGCGGGACUUCCAUCAUUGUGCCUGAUCUUGAGGGGGUGAUGCACCUCAAAGACGACGGCAAGAAGUCCUGGAAACCAAAGCUCUUCCAACUGAGGGCCUCGGGAAUUUAUUAUGUGCCCAAAGGGAAAACCAAGUCAUCCCGUGACCUGGUCUGCUUUGUCCAGUUUGACAAUGUAAAUGUCUACUACGGUAAAGACUUUAAGGGCAAAUACAAAGCCCCAACUGACUGCUGCUUUUUUCUGAAGCACCCUCAGAUCCAAAAAGAGUCUCAGUACAUUAAGUACCUCUGCUGCGAUGAUGAAAAUGCAAUGAACCUUUGGGUAACCGGAAUACGGAUUGCGAAGUAUGGUAAGUCGCUGUAUGAAAACUAUAAAACCGCAGAGAGGAAGGCAGCCGUCGGCUCUGCUUGGACAAACUGCAGCACUCCAUCCAGCUCCAACCCAUCAACACCCUCACCCACCAUCAGAGCUAAAUCACCCAGCCAGGCCAACGGUCAUGUUCCCACGCUGCCACCAGGACCUAUUACCAAGGACUUCGGAAAUGUCCCACCCCCACCCCCACCUCCACCCCCACCCCCUCCUAUGGCCAAUUUCCUUCCCCCACCACCUCCAGAACCAGUCCGACCUUCUCCACCUCCUUUGGCUCCCAAGAGUUCCUCAAAACCAGCCCUCCCCCAGCGGCACCUGCCCACCAACUUCCCCCCACCUCCACCUGCAAUGGGAGGCCUUCCUCCUCCACCGUUGGCGCCACCCAUGGAUGAUGCCUCGGAGGCCCCGCCCGACUUCCUCCCACCCCCUCCUCGAUCCACUGGCUUUGGUUCCCUGCCUCCUCCUCCGAUGAACUCCCUACCACCGCCGCCUCCCCCAAUGAGUAUGGACCUGCCUCCUCCACCGCCAGAUCCAGGGUUUUUACCUCCGCCUCCACCAAUGUUCACUGGAGCUGGAGCACCCCCUCCACCUCCACCUCCCCCUCCCCCUCCACCUGCUGCCCCAAGAGCCCCGGUCCAGUCCGGCUCAGUGAGGAAGGUACCGCCUGCUCCGCCAAAGAGGUCUACUCCAUCGCUGCAGGGAGGAGCGGGAGGAGGUGGAGACUUCAUGUCAGAACUGAUGCUGGCCAUGAACAAGAAGCGUUAAAAAAAAAAAACUGUGGACUUCUCCAACAUGAAGCCAGGGGAGAUCAAUAUGGACUUCACAUCCAUUCUAACAACUUAUCCUAGACAUAAUCAUGCAUGAAUUAAGUAAAAGUGUAAAUAUUCUUAAGAACAAAGAGAUUAAAAAAUGUUUUAUGUAAAA